AUGUCCUUUCCUUUACUAUGUCUCUUCGUACUCUUGCAAUCUCCAUUUACAUCAAUGGAGGUGAUGCACCACAGCUGUUUUGAGUGCUGGCAGCAGCCCAACACCUACAUGAAGGCAGACAUAAUCCUAGGUGCAUUUAUCCCCAUUUACAUAACACUAGAAGCACCCUUCAUGAAUAUUUUUGACAUCAUGUCCUUCAUGCCUGAUAUUCUGAUUGACAACAUGCUACCGAAAUGGAGAAACUAUCUAUAUUUGCUGACCUUAUACUUGCUUCCCAAUGUGACCUUGGGUUUCCAUGUCUACAAUGCCUUUAAUUCUAACAAAAAAACCCUAGAAGGCCCUCUGAUGUCAAUGUCUGGAAGAACUGAGUAUGUUCCUAACUACAAAUGCAAAACACAACACAAAGCUCCAGGAAUCAUUUCAGGAACCACGUCAGAAUUUUCUGCUGCAAUUGGAACACUUUUAGAGCUCUACAAAGUCCCACAAGUCACAUAUGGUCCCUUUGAUUCCAUGCUAAGUGACAAAGAUACAUUCCCAACCCUUUAUCAGAUGUCUCCUAAAGACAGAGCUCUAACCCAAGGGUUGAUCUCUUUAUUGCUCCACUUUGGCUGGAGGUGGCUGGGGCUCUUUGUGUCAGAUGAUGGGAGAGGAAGGGAGUUUCUCUCAGACCUAUCAGUAAAGAUUGUUUCAGAAGAUAUCUGUGUGGCUUUUACAGAAAAACUGUCUGAUAACUCAAAAUUUAGAAUAUUUUAUGAUUAUGGAUUGCUGAACUUGUACCAACAUAUAGAAGUAAAUCUGAUUUUAUUCUAUGGUAAUAUGGAUGACUUGGUGAUCUCCCUCCCAUACAUUAAAUUUUUUUUAAGAAGAAAGGUGUGGAUCAUGGCAAAGCAACACCUGACAUAUUUAGAAUCUACAUUCAAUGACAGGAAUUUUUGGAUAUAUAUUUUCAGAGGAAGUUUCUCAUUUUCUAAGAGGAGAAGUAUCCCUGGCUUCAAGCACUUUCUUGAGGCACUUACACCCUCCCAGUACCCAGGAGAUUCUUACUUCUCUAAAUUCUGGGUUGACAAUUUUGAUUGUUCACCUCUUGGUUUUCUAUGUGAAAAAUUUAAACCCUGUCCAGUGAAUAUUUCCCUAAAGACUGGGGAUGAAAUAAAUGAUCUGAUGACUACUUCUGAGCCCAGCUAUUCCAUAUGGAAUGCAGUAUAUGCAUUGGCCCCUGCCCUCCAUAAAAUGCUGUUGACCAAAACUGAAAUGGGACCUAUGGAUGACAGAAACAAGGGUGAGAUUCUACCAUGGCAGCUGCAUCCAUUUUUGAGGAAAAUUAAAGUGACAAAUGCUGCUGGAGAUGAAAUAAGCUUUGAUGAGAACAAGAAUGUCAUGGAAACAUAUGAUAUACAAAACUUUAUUGCAUAUAGUAAGCAAAAUUCAUUAAUACUUAAAGUGGGAGAAUUUGUCUUCAAGAGUCCACAAGACCAAGGCUUUUUCAUCAAUGAAGUUCUGAUUCAAUGGCCAAGCAAUUUUAAUCAGACUCCUCAAUCUGUAUGUACACAGAGCUGUGGUCCAGGAUUCUGGAAAGUUCUACAAGAAGAAAGACCCAUUUGCUGUUUUUCUUGUGUAUUUUGUCCGGAGUGGCACAUUUCCAACCAGACAGAUCAGCAAGAGUGUAGUGCUUGCCUAAGUCAAGACUACCCAAACCCUGAGAGAAACCAGUGUUUACCCAAGGCAGUGACAUUCCUAUCCUUUGAGGAUCCUCUGGGCAUGGCUCUGGCCUGCACAGCUCUGUUCUUCUCUGUAAGCACAGUUAUAGUUUUGGGGAUCUUCCUUAAACACCGAGAAUCAGCCAUUGUUAAGGCCAAUAACAAGACUCUCAGCUAUAUCCUGCUCAUCUCCAUCCUCUUCUGCUUCCUCUGCUCCUUUUUCUUCAUUGGACGCCCAAACACUGUCUCCUGCAUACUGCAACAAAUAACAUUUGCACUUGUAUUCACGUUGGCUAUUUCCACUGUUUUGGCAAAAACUAUAACUGUAAUUCUGGCCUUUAGGAUCGUGAAACCUGGGAGAACAAUGAGAAGGUUGUUUGUCUCAGGCAUCUAUAAUGCUGUCAUCCCCAUCUGUGUCCUGAUUCAACUUAUUCUCUCUGGAGUCUGGCUGGGAACCUCUCCUCCCUAUAUUGACACAGAUAUACACUCUGAACAUGCUCAUGUCAUCAUUUUAUGCAACAAGGGCUCAGCUACUGCUUUCUACUGUGUGCUGGCAUACUUAGGAACCCUGGCCCUAGGGAGCUUCACUGUGGCUUUCCUAGUGAGGAACCUGCCUGACACAUUCAAUGAGGCCAAGUUCCUGACAUUCAGCAUGCUGGUGUUCCUUAGUGUCUGGGUCACUUUCAUCCCUGUCUACCAGAGCUCCAAGGGCAAGGCCAUGGUGGCUGUGGAGGUCUUCUCCAUCCUGGCCUCCAGUGCAGGGCUGUUGGUGUGCAUCUUUUCCCCAAAGUGCUACAUUAUUUUCCUAAGACCUAAUAAAAACUCUUUGAGACAUUUGAAAAACAAAAACUAGCAAAUAAAAAUUGAUCAUUUUGAUGUAUUAGUUCUCUAAUGAAACGCAUUAGCAUACUAAAAUUAAAUCAUUUACCUACUUUAAAGUAACUUUUUCUGAAAUGUGUAUUUAAAGAAAAAUAAGAGCCCCUCACUUUGUCUCUCAAUCACAGACAUUUAUUUCAGAAUAGAAGCUGCUGUUAAAAACAUAUUUUAGUAAGUUAUGCAUGUUACUUAUUAAUGUGUGGACAGUAUACAUAUUCGAAAUGUAAUUAUAUGAUAGUAAUUGAUAUAAAUAGUACAUGAACUAAAUACUUGUUCUCUUUGUUAUUUUUGGGAGUUUAAGAAGAUUUGGGUGGUAUAUGAGAUUCUUCUACAGAACAGGCAUGA